AUGGAGGCUACCAUGAUCGAGACGGCGUCGGCUGUGGCCCGCAUGGAGGCCACCAUGAAUGAGACGGCCUCGACUUUCCAGAGCCUGUUGCCUCGUGCCUACGGCGCAAUGCAGAACCUGAUCGACAUUACCAUUUUGUUUGACGAGAACAUGGAGAAGCUGAAGCACCCUUGCAGCCAGGACGGCCAGGACACGGGAGGCCGUCUCAGGGAGGGGCUGCGGAUAGACCAACGGUCCUUGCCGGCUGUUGGACGCUUGAGCUCCCCCGAGCCUUUGACACACGACGUCAGGGUCAACUGUCCUCCCACUUCAAUGUCUGUCCUUUCGGCGCACUCACGCGAUGCUCGCGAAAACGCUGUUGUUUGUCUUGACUUUGGUCCUCUCAUGCUUAGUUCGCGUCAUCCAGAAGAGCAGGCCGGAGUGGAUUGCUAUCGUGCUUCUUGCAUCUUCGAAAUGACACUGCGAUCGAUUCCCGAGAGCGAAAGAUCGCUUUCGAGCGGCUCAUCAGGCUACAAGCCGACUACCUACGAAGGGUUCGACCGAUCACCGCAUGCGCGUCGUUGGAAGAGACGUCGAGCCAGUCGAGGAGACCAGGUCGAUAGGGGAACGUUAAGAAGGGAUCAACCGGAGUCAUCUGAUGACGAGUUGACACCCAAUCCGCCGGAUACCCCAACCCCGAUGGAAACGCGAUCACGGAGGAGAAGAAGACAGGAAACUAAAUCUAAUCAGGACGCUACGUCCCGACAACCACGAGGAGGCGGUGAGAAAGGCCGGGCAUACUGCACACAGAAAUGCCUACUGGGGCUGGUUAGGAGUGGUUUCCUUGACAGAGACUGCCCCAACAUAGCGCUCCACACCGGACACGAUCGCCAUGACCGCAAUGAACGCCGUUUCCGUGCCCGAAAACGUGCUUCUACCCACGCACCUCACCCGGUCAACCAUACAGAAUGGCUUCAACUUCUCCGAAAGCAACUAGAGCAAUCACUGGACGACGGAAUCAGGCCGCUAUACGUGAGUGGCGCCCGCGGUGUUCUCUUCCAGGUGACCAUGAUUGCGUACGGCUACACAUUCGUCGGCAAGGGAACGGUGCAGGCCUUCAUCCGCGACCUCGAGCAUGAGGCUGCCGUCUACGAGCGCCUCCGGUCGAUUCAGGGAGCCAACGUGCCUGUGUUUUUGGGCGCCAUCGACCUGCGGCCAAUGAAAAAGAUCUACUACUAUGACCAUCGGGUGUAUGUGGUCCAUUUGACAUUUCUGUCCUGGGGAGGGCAUCGCAUCGACGCAAGCGGAAGCUUCGAAGGCAAGAGGAACUUACUUGAGAAGAUGGCAGUGCGGUCGUUGCAAGCCGUACAUGAACACGGGGUGGUCCACAACGAUGUGCGGGUCGCUAACAUGUUGCUGAAUCUGGAAGUGAAUGGAGUCAUGAUGAUCGACUUUGAACGAGCGCAGUUGGUGCCAAACAAGAGAACGCCGAACCAGGAGGCAGUGGGUAUGUACAAGAACACUGGGGAUUCAAGUGUGUCGAGUCAAGGAUUCUUACAAGAUCUUUUGAUGGCGAAGAUGGCGGUCUGAGAUGGGAAGCGAUAAGCCGGGCUUUUUGUAAUGUCGGUCACCUUGGUCGAUGGGUGUUUGGCCUAGAAAUCACUUGGGGCUACCGGAAGGCCUUCCUCGGUUUGCACUCGGACCCUCCGGUUGUUGAACAUCACUUUCCAUUCCAGAACGUACCAAAGACACGUCGGAGGCAAGUCGUCGUACGUCUGGUCUGGAUCCCAGUUAGCAUACGGCACAAAUGGCAACGUCCUUCGGGCAG